AUGGUGAAGCUUACCAGCGCCUUGCGCGUGAUCAUCCCACUGGCCACAAUUGCACCCUCAGCAGUAGCUGCCUCCCAGUUCCUCUGGCAACCUAUAUACAACAACGAGGCCGCGGCCUACCCGCGCGUGAUCCAGCUACAGCACGCAGGCGACGCAAAUGGCAAAUUACUCGCGACCUUCGAACACUGGUUCCUGCAGGCAGAUUACCAGACAACUGGACUGAACUCGAAUGGAACGGCUAGCAGUUUUGUUGUCCGGGAGAGCGAUGACCAGGGGAGUACAUGGGAGACGGUGACGACCGUGUCUGCGCCGGAGGGAGUGCCAAAUCUGUACUUCUACCAGCCGUUCUUGUUUGAAUUUCCCCAGCAACUUGGGAAUUACCCCGAGGGCACGCUGCUGCUGGUUGGGAAUCUGCAUGAUGGGAAUACUACGGCCUUUUUCUCCUGGCGUUCGAUGGAUCGGGGGCAGACGUGGGAUGCGCUUGGUGUUUGGCAGACGGGGUAUUCGCGGCCGUAUGGGGCGCCGCAAGGGUACUCAGGUGGAAUUUGGGAACCAUUUCUGUUUUUAGACAGUAGGGAUCGCCUCGUUGCUGUUUUCUCCGAUGAGCGGGAUUAUAGCUCCCAUUCGCAGAUGAUUGUCCAUGUGGUGUCUGAGGACGGCGGGGAUACUUGGAGCGAUGUGGUCUGGGACGUUGCGGCGUCUGAGCAGUCGGCGCGGCCUGGUAUGGCUACGGUCGCAAAAAUGGACAAUGGACAGUACUGGAUGAGCUAUGAGUGGUGCGAUACGAGCAUCCCAGGUGGCCUCUGUGUGGUCCAUGGGAAGACGUCCCCUGACGGCGUAUCGUGGAACCAGAACGACGCUGGAGUUGUUGUUUCUUCGACCGACAGCGUCGAAGCGUCGGGAACGCCUUAUUCCAUUUGGGAUCCUGUGGGACAGCAGUUGAUUGUUUCCAGCAGGUCACAGCUAUGGUAUUCUGCCAGUGCUGGUAAAGAUAAGCCGGGACCUACGGCUGAAAAUCGUCAUGUCCUUCACAUAAACACCAAUCACGGACAAGGAGACUGGUACUGGGCUUCAGCUCCUUGGUAUAUCCCGGCCGGAGGGGUCUGUCCCACUGGUUACAGUCCGAAUCUGCUGGCGUUGACAAACGGCAGUAUUCUGCUUUCAGCGAACACGCAGGCGGACGGGGAAGAGUGUGAGGAGAGCACCGGUGCAGCACCGGUCGGAAUUAUGCCAUACAGGUCUGACUUUGGCACCGCUGGUGACGCUGGAUGGAUCGAGUUCGACGGACUCUGGUCCAUUUUCGAGGACCAGUUUGCCUUUUCGCCUGCAGGUGACCAGGCCACGAUUGUUCUUACCGGGUCCUCUGGAUGGACGGACUACCAGAUUAGUGCCAAUGCUAUGAUAACCAGUGGUUCGGGGGUCGUGGGUAUCCUGGUGCGAGCGUCCAAUUCAGCGACGGGUCCCAACGGCCUCAGUCGGUAUGCGAUUGCCCUUGACAGCAGUCGUGGGGAUUUUGCACUAUACCAAGUGGGUGACUUCAAGACGGAUACCCUGCACUCGGAGCCCGUUCCUGGCGGCGUCCAAGUCCACCAGCAAUAUCAUUUGUCUCUUUCUACACAGGGCAGGACUCUCGUGGCUACUUUGAUUGAUGGGGGAGGCACAUCUACCAGCUUCACCUUUCGUGGCGGCGAGUUAUUGCGUGGAGCGGCAGGCUUGUUUGGAAGUAAUGGCAGCGGCUCUUUCAGGGAUGUUCAAAUUACCCGUGUUUGA